GGAACUGGAGCACCAGCAGCAGCUGCAUACCAAGAGAUACACAACAGAAAGAAGAACAAAAUCAUUAGGACGCCAGGCAUGUUGCAGGCGCGAGGGAGCGAGAUGGCUAGGGUUCUGUUGAUUGGAAUCUGGAAAGGAACGCUUGCGGUGACGAGGAGGCACAUGCAGUCCAUGCCAGCUCCGGUGAGGUUCUUGAGCUGGUCGCAGCAGUCUGCCGUUGGGGAAGAGCCUGCGGCGGAGCUAUUUGUGAGGAAGUUCAUGCAAGGGGUGAGGCCUGCGAUGGCUGUGGCCGAGCACGGGGUGGUGAUCUGGCCAUUGGAGGGUGAGAUCAGGAAGGCUAGUGCUAGUGAAGCUGCCAUGGAAAUGAGAAGCACAAGGGAACAGGGCUUGAAAGAUGCCAUGUGAUUUUCUUGGAAGGGGAAGAGAGGAUUGGGAGUUCAAGUGUUGAAGGUUUUGUAUGUUUGGUUUGGUUUGGAUUGGAUUAGAGAAAAGGGAG